AUGCGAAAGACAUUAAGAUUUGAGACGAAAUUGGUAACCUUGCGCAACCCGGACGGUCCACUAUUCGGACCGUCCGGCACAGAAAGUGGCAAAAUGGAGACACGCCCUUACGUCAAAAACGACCCCCGCAGGUCCCCCUUCUUUCCCCCCCAUCGUCGCGACCUAGGCGCGCACGCGCGCACGCGUGCCAAGGCCGCACGCGCACGUGCUCGAAAGCCCCCCCCCCCCCGGUGGGCCCGCUCGAUCGCCUCCCCAUCCCGUUUUUUUUCCCGUCGCCUCGCCUUCCCCAAUUCGCACCACCUACCUGUCCUCUUUCGCGUCGCCUCCCCGUCCCUAUUUAGCGUCGCCUCCCCGUCCCCAAUUCCCGUCGCCUCCCUUACCCCUUUUCCCCGUCGCCUCCCCGCCACCUCCCCCCCCCCCCUUUCCCGUCGCCUCCCCCGUCGCCAGCCCGUCCCCUCCCCAUCGCCUCCAC